UUUCUUCGAUCCUCUCAGCUAGUGGUCGAUUCAGGAGCUUAAACGGGCCGAUCAUGGCAUCGAGGACUGCAAUUUGCAGGGGAAUUCUCAGAAUAAACUCGAGUUUUGGACUUCGAUCUACUUCUUCUUGGUGGAGAGAUUCGAUUCUAUCUGAUACAGUUCCCAAUAAUGCCAGUUUUGGAGAUUUGGUAGCUAAAUGCCGAACUGUUGCUGGUCAACGAGGUUUGGUUACAUCCAGGAGCAACCUCAGAGGUGGAAUCGGAGAGGUAUCAGAUUGCAGACCUCCUUUUGCAAUGGGCAUUGGCAGUUUCCGCUCAUUCAGUGAAGGUUUAACUCACCUGCCUGCCAUAGCUGACCAUGAAAUUGAGAAUGUGUUCAAGGAUCUAAUGGCUGCAAGUUGGGAUGAGCUCCCAGAUGCCUUAAUUCAUGAUGCCAAGAAGGCAUUGUCCAAAAAUACAGAGGACAAGGCCAGUCAGGAGAUCCUUGCAAAUGUCUUUCGUGCAGCUGAGGCUGUAGAGCAGUUUGGUGGUGUUCUUGUAUCUUUGAGGAUGGAGAUUGAUGAUGCCAUUGGAUUGAGUGGUGAGAAUGUCCGUCCCUUGCCAGAUGAGCUUGCAGAUGCACUCCGUGCAGCCCACAAACGCUACACAACAUAUUUGGAUGCAUUUGGUCUUGAUGAGACUUAUCUGCGGAAGAAAGUUGAGACUGAAUUGGGGACAAAGAUGAUACACCUAAAGAUGAGGUGCAGUGGCCUUGGUUCUGAAUGGGGAAAGGUGACAGUUCUUGGAACCUCUGGACUUUCUGGCUCCUAUGUCGAGCAAAGAGCCCCAUAGUUUUGGAAAUAUUUCAUUUUACUGUAGGCUUUUCUUGCGUGUGAAAUGUUUACUCACAUGCAUGUUGUCUCAAAAGCAAUUUAAUCCAGGUGCUUUUGCAGGAAAUGUGAAUAAUGAAAUAUUGUUCAGCUUUCUUCCCUCCACCUUGGGAUUCUUUUUUGUUGUGUUUGAAAGUGUUUACUUUCAUACUCUUGAGUUUGGUUGGUGUUUUGUCUC